AUGUAUGACUGGCACUACGAGAAUAGUCCUAACCAUCGGUUAUUCAUCUUUGCACGGGAAGACGGGACGAUACAGACCAUAUACUGGUUUGAAGCCGUGCAAGCACUCUAUGUAUGCGCCAAACUGGUGAGAGAUCGGAUGGACUGGCAAUCAGGCAGGAAUACGUCGCAAGUGAUUGCAAUUCUUGCGCCUUCGGUAGACUCAAUUCCGUAUUUUAUGACCGUGAUGGCCAUUAUGUAUGCCGGAUACAUCGCCUUCCCGGUAUCGCCUCGUAACUCCCCUGCGGCAAUAGCGCACCUGAUCAGCAAAACUGACAUAAAGCACAUUCUCGUGGGCCGCGAGAAAGCCAUGGAAGAUCUCGCAAGGGAGUCCUUGGGAGUUCUGAAAGCCCACUAUUCCGGCGUAGCCAUUCCGGAGACCUCGCUCAUGUUUCUCUUCGAGGAACUCUUUCUACCUUCACCGAAGGCUUUGAAACGAGAGGAUGUGCCGUAUGACCACAAGGAUCCCGACGAGAUAGCUGUGAUCCUACACUCGUCAGGAUCCACGGCUUUCCCUAAGCCUGUCCAUUGGACCCAGCACCGCCUCUUACAGAUGUCCCUCAUCCCCUGGUUCGGCGAACGGGAUCUGACAAACCAGGUGUGGUCUUUGCAUGCAAUGCCUAUGUAUCAUGGCAUGGGUGCCUGCCAGAUUUUUUGGACUGCAACCACCGGCCACGUUCUAGCUUAUUUUGAGCCCAAAUCGCCAGCCCCAACCCCUACGCCAGAUUCCCUCUUCGAUGGGGCUAGGAAAACGAAUAGCGAUGUCAUAUUUUGCGUACCGUCGUUUGUGGAAGUGUGUUCCCCAGAAUGGGCGAAGAACCCCGACUACGUGGAAUGGUUGAGUACGCGCACUGGCGUGUUGACAGGCGGAGGGCCGCUGAAUAAGGAAUGCGGCGAUUAUUUGACAUCGCAAGGAGUGUCGAUCUUCAUACUGUAUGGCGCAACCGAAGGCGGCAUGAUGAGCACCGUCCUCCCGGGCGAUGUCGGAUAUGACUGGGAAUACUUCAAAUUUCCUGGCCUGGUUACUCCUCACAUGGUACCCCAGGGAGAUGGGAAAUUCGAAUUUGUGAUGGUCGAAAACGCGGUUUGCACACCGAGCGUGAUCAAUACUAAGGUCGGCGGAGUGGAUGCAUACGCGACUUCUGAUCUAUUCGUACCUCAUCCGACCAUGCCCGAGUAUUGGAAAGUAUUUGGACGCUCAGAUGACCAGAUUAUUCAUAACACUGGCGAGAAGCUGGUGGUGAUUCUCAGGCUGAAGCAACGUGCAGAAAAUAUGUUGAACCAGGAUCCUCACGUUCUUACUUCAGUCAUGUUCGGACGAGGACGGUUUCAAGCGGGCGUGUUGAUUGACCCGAAGCCUCGGUAUAAAUUCGUGCCGUCCGACGAAUCCAAGCUCGCGGAGUACAGAAAUAUGAUCUGGCCAACGAUCGAGAAGAUGAAUGCAUACGCACCUCAACAUUCACGGUUGUUCAAAGAGAUGAUCACCGUGAGCAAGCCGUCAAAACCAUUCACAUACACCGCAAAAAAUACCCUGCGACGACAAGUUAUAAUUUACGAGUAUCAAGACGAAAUCGAUGCUUUGUAUGCCAAGCUCGAGGAAAGUACCCAGUCGAGCAUACCACCUCCGGCGGAUUGGGAUCUUGCGAGCGCGACCGAGUUCGUACGAGCAGUGGUGAAUAAGGUCUUAAUUCACGGUGUUGAGGAUGGCGACGACAUAUUCCACCAUGGUUGCGAUAGCCUUCAAGCGACUUGGAUCCGUAACUCGCUGCUGCGUGCGCUACAUGACUCCGCCCACAUCAAUACCAUGUCCAUCAGCCACAACUUUGUCUACGAUCAUCCAUCUAUACAUCAACUCUCCCUGUUUCUGAAGGACACUGCUGCCGGAACCAACAGUCAGGAUGGAGCGUCUGUGGCUUUCAAAGCCGAAACCAUGCGCAGAAUGGCGGAAGAGUUUAGCACAGACUUCCAUGUCCACACAGCUAAUGGCAACUCUGUAGCUCCCCCGGCCAGUGUGGUAUUGUUGACUGGAUCGACCGGCAGUCUGGGGUGCCAUAUUUUGACAAGUCUGGUUUUAGAUCCUGAUGUCCAGCAGGUUUAUGCGUUGAAUCGAGCCGCUGGAGACGGUACUGCACUCGUCCUUAGACAGAAACAAGCUCUCCUGGAUCGUGGUUUCCAUCCAAGUAUUUUGGACUCUCCCAAGGUCAUUUUGGUGGAAGGCAAGGAUGCGGAAAAAGGUCUCGGUCUGGAGCCCCGACUCUAUCAAGAGGUGCGCAUCAUAAGAACACCUGUCUUCUCAGCAUGGCGUGUCGACUUCAACAUCGCCUUGAACUCAUUCAAGCCCAAUAUUGGGGGACUGCGGAAUCUGAUAGACCUGUCGCUUAAAGAACCCGUCAAGCCUGAGAUAGCCGUCGGUACCGGAUAUACCGAAUCUAAAUGGGUAUCAGAGGAAAUCCUCCUGAAGGCAGCCGCUCACACAGCCUUGGACCCAAUGAUCGUCCGAGUGGGACAAGUAUGUGGAGGCUCUGAUGGUGCAUGGAAUGUCCAGGAAUGGUUCCCUUCAAUAGUACAGUCCGGUCCUAUUCUAAAAUGCCUUCCCGAAGAUCAGAGAGUUGUGACAUGGAUACCGACUCCACUCACGGCAGCAGCGAUCAUCGACUUCCACAAGGCACCUAGUGUGCCACGAAUAGUGCAUCUAAUUCAUCCACGCCCUGUAUCCUUGUCAUCCUUGAUGGAUACCCUGUCAAAAGAGCUCAACGUGCCGAUUGUACCGUACGCGGACUGGCUAGGAAGACUCGAGGCAGUAGCCGAAUCAUCCUCGAAGACCUCUGGGACAAUGCAGACAGUGGAUGACAUUGUUCGGCGUUUGCGAGCUACCAGGCUACUUCCUUUCUUCAAGAGUUUGCGUGAGGCUCCCGGUGGGAACGCUUUUGGCUUUCCUGAUCUAUCCAGUACAAAUGCUGUAUCGGCCUCUGCUACUCUCGCGGAUGACGACUUAGAAAGUAUAGGUCCUGCGGAUGUCAAAAACUGGCUUGCCUACUGGAGUAGGAGCAAUCUAUUUUCCUAG